AUGAAGAGGGUUUUCGGUGUGAAGAAGAAUAAGGAGCCCCCUCCUUCAGUUCAGGACGCAUCUGAUCGGAUUACGAAAAGAGGUGAUACAGUUGACGAAAAGAUACAGAAGCUCGAUGCUGAACUUAGCAGAUACAAAGAACAAAUUAAAAAAACAAGGCCUGGUCCUGCACAGGAAGCAAUCAAAGCUAGAGCAAUGAGAGUUCUUAAGCAAAAGCGAAUGUAUGAAGGGCAGCGUGACAUGCUGUAUAAUCAGACAUUUAAUCUAGAUCAGGUUUCAUUUGCUGCAGAGGGUAUUAAAGAUGCUCAACAAACCAUGUCAGCCCUGAAGUCUGCCAACAAGGAAUUGAAGGGAAUGAUGAAAACUGUGAAGAUACAAGACAUUGACAAUUUGCAAGAUGAGAUGAUGGACCUGAUGGAUGUAAGUAAUGAAAUACAAGAGACCUUAGGCAGAAGUUAUAACGUGCCUGAUGACAUUGAUGAAGACGAUCUCAUGGGUGAACUUGACGCACUGGAAGCAGACAUGGGACAUGAGACUGAGAUGGAUGGAGUUCCUUCUUACCUCCAGCCAGAUAAGGAACCUGAUUUGGAGGCAGAGCUUAACUUGCCUUCUGCUCCCACAGGACAUACGGCAGCACCACCUGGCAGAUCCAAUGUUCAAGCUGAGGAUGAAUUGGGUUUACCUGCUGUCCCACGGGCAUCCUUACGGGGUUAGGGUAACCCUUUCAUUGGGAUAACUGGUGUGGACACGAUUUAGAGUACCAGACCAUUUCAUGAUGUGCAUAUAUUGACUACUUCAAUUUAUAUGGUGAUUGGACUGGUCCGUUGCUGGGAUUAUUUGAUGAAAAUAGAAAUUUUGUGUAUGUUCUUGAAGUGUUCCCUAUCAAGGCUUUGGGUAGGAUUAUGUCUUGGCAUUCGAAAGACACGUGUAUUAUAUUUUUUUAUUGAAUUUGAUGGUGAAUAUUUGAA